AUAUACAGUGUGUGUGUGUGUGUGUAUUUACUAUGCAAACAGAGAGUGGCAGUCAGCAAGUUUCACUCUGCAGUGUGAGGUUGGUCAACAAAAGUGGCACCUGCUUGGUUCAGUCAGUGUGUGUUGGUGUGUGUGCUGUAUAUAUGCAGAGAUUGUAUAAUAUGUGUGUUUGAGGGAGAUGGGGUUUGUUAGCAAUUGUAUGUGUGUUACAGUGUUGACAAGGCUAUUUUUCAUUUUUAAAAUGGUCUUACCUCCUUCGUAGAUAUUGUAGAUGCCAAUGGAAGGAGGCCAGACAGGGGUGACUCCAACUAGAGCAGAUACUGUCUGCUUUCUCUUAUGUAGGCAGAGAUCCAGGAUUAGUUUGCUCAAAGAACGCAAAACUGACACAGGAGGUUGGUGGAACCAUAAUUGGGGAGAAUGGGCUCGUGGUAAUGACUGGAAUGGAAUUAGUGAAAUGAUAAGAAAUACAUCAAACACAUGGUUUCCAUGUGGUUAAUGCCAUUCCAUCUGCUCCGUUCUUGACAUUAUUAUGAGCCGUUCUCCCCUCAGCAGCCUCCUGUAAAAACUAACCAUAGAUCAGAGUCUGAGGGAAGCUUCAUCCUUACUCCCUAUGUCGACCAGGAACACCCCACCAAACCCAUUUGUCUAUGACAGACAAAAUAGCAUGACAGACCACUGUCUCCUGCAAACACAAAUUAUGUCAUCCUCACCAUUGUGUGUAAGAUCAUUUCUGAUUAUUUCCCUCCCUAUUUCUCUUUCUAGUUGCCCCCCUUCCUGUCUCUCCCUCUCCCCACCUGUUUCUUUCUCUCUCUCCCCCUACCCCCCCUCUCUCUCCACACCUCUCUCUCUCUCCCCAUCUCUCUCUUUAAUGUAUCUCCUCACCUCUCUCUCUCUCUCCCCACCCAUCUCUCUCUUUCUCUCUCACUCUCUCUAUCGCCCCACCUCUCUCUCUAUCUCCCCACCUCUCUCACUCUCUCCCCCCACCCCUCUCUCUCUUUCUCUCUCACUCUCUCUAUCGCCCCACCUCUCUCUCCACCCAGGUGUUUGUUAGUUUAAGGCAAUGAGGACAGGACUAGAGAGGGCAGGAGAGGACAGAAGGGGAAAGGAGAGGGCAGAGGACAGGAGAGGAGGGGUGAUCUGUGUUUUCUGGAGAGAUGAACGAAGGCCUUUGUUUAGAAUGUGAGAACAUACUUUUUUUCCCCUCUCUCUCACUCUCCCCACCUCUCUCUCUCCUCUCUGUGCACUCCUCCUUCUCCUCUUCCAUCCCCUCUUUUCUCACUCUCUAUCCAUUCUCACCUCUCACUUUUAGUUCUGCUGGUACAGUAUCCUCUGGGGAGUGUGCUUAAGGAGUCCGGAGUCUCUUGGGAGUUCUGUUGUCCACGUCUCCUCUUCUGCUUCGCAGGUUUAUUCUUUGCCUGAUUUUUGCUUCUGUGGGUGCUGCUAUACUCAGGAGGAUCUUUGUUACUUCUCUUUACUCCAAGACUGGACUGGAGGUGGUUUCAGAAACACAGACCAGGUCUCAAAGUUUUUCCUUGUCUAUAGUCAUUUUUUUCUUGGACUAACUAUCCCAGUUAGUUUGUCUUGGACUAUCCCAGUUAGUUUGUCUUGGACUAGUACAGUCUCCAAUCCUGGGUUUUGGAUUUGACCAGCCGUGGGCUCAGAUCCAGAAACCUGACGUGGCGAUGCUGAGAUUUUGGGUUCUGUGUCUGUGUGUGAGUGUUCUCAGUGUAGGCGUUCUAACUCUGAACCCCCAAAAACACGAGAUAGAAAAUGAGGUACAACACGAUGUGGAACAUGUGCAUGGAACAUGGACCAUGGAACAUGAAGCGAGGGAACCCGAUAAAAUCUAUGCAGAGACUCUAGCAACCCACCAACCUGCCACAUACACUCCUAUAAUGGACACACGUGCCACAGUCCCAACUCUGACAGACAUACCUCUUACAGAAACAACUGUGAUAGGUACAGCUAUUACGGAGUCAGACGUACCUGUGGUCGCCACAUGUCUUUCAUCAGCCCUACCCCUCACCUCAUUAACGAAUGAUGAAGAAGGCAGGGAUCAGGAAAAACACAGGGAGGACAAGAAUCCAAGAAUUGAAGAGGAGGGGGAGGAGGAGGAGAGGGUGAGGGAUGAGCAGAUGAGAAAGGACAGAGAGAUGGAGGCGAGCAGAGGGAGGAGAGGAGUGACGGGAAGGAGACAUGCAGCAACUGUAGAGGCCACUGCGUACAGAAUGGCAGGUCUGGGGCGCCCCCUACCUGGCUGGAAGAAGCGAGGUACAAAUGGGGGAGCUGAACAGGAAGGUGUUCUCAGGACCAUACUAAAGGAACUACACGGUGAUAAGGACAGACUGAUGGACACAGAGAAGGCAGAGGAAGAGGAAGAUGAGGAGGAAGAUGAAGAAGACGAUGAAGAGGAAGAUGAUUCUGAAGAGGAGGAAGAGGAGGAGGAGGAAGAGGAGGAGGACGAAGAGGGGACAGAGUCUCCCACCAAUCAGACAGUAGCAAGGACCAGCUUCACAGAGUCUCUCCCAGGGACGUGUCAAACGUCUAACGGACAAAUAAGCUGCAGGGGUAUUGGCAUGAAUCACCUCCCAGUCAUCACCGACCUUGGGGUCACGACCCUGGACCUGGCAGAGAACAACAUCAGUCUUAUUGCCUCGCGGGGUUUCUCUGGUCUUCCCAACCUGGAGAGUAUAGAUCUGAGCAAAAACCGACUGGAUGACGACUCACUCAGCCACCACCUCUUCUCUAAUCUGACCCGGCUGAGGAGGCUCAACCUCGAUGAUAACCAGCUGACACGGAUCCCCCUGCUGCCACCUUCACUGGGGGAGCUCACGAUGAAUGGCAACAAGAUGACCAGACUCACCCCUUACAGCUUCAAAGGUCUGUUCCAUCUGUUGUCUCUGGAGCUAGAGGAGAACCUUUUCCAUGACGGCAACGUGUCCCCUUUGACCUUCAAGCCGCUGAAGAGGGUCCAGUACCUGUGCUUGGACAUGAACAGGUUCCGCUCCCUCCCCCUCGGCCUGCCCCGUUCCCUACAGGAGCUGAGGAUGCGUGAUAACCAGUUACAGGAGGUACCAGAGGGGGUUCUGAGUGAAUUGGCCAAACUGAGAGUUUUAGACCUUAGUCACAACCUGCUGCAUGAGGGCAGCAUCUCAAACCGGGCCUGGGUCAAACUAACUUCUCUUGAAGCCUUGGACCUCUCUCAUAACAGCCUCACGUCAGUCCCCCUCUACCUACCCCGCCCUCUGCGUCAGCUGACCCUGCAACACAACUCCAUUGGUCGAAUCCCUGCGUAUGUCUUUGGCCACCUGCGCCCCGGCCUAGAGUCCCUCCGUCUAUCCCACAAUGCACUAGGGGACGAAGGAGUGCAAGGAGUUUCUUUUGUGGGCAUGUACCGAUCGCUUGUUGAGCUCCUAUUGGACAAUAACCGUCUGGGGGCGGUGCCUCGCAGCGUGUGGCAGUUUAGGAACCUGCAGGUGCUGAGGCUCGACUACAACCAAAUCAGGUCUGUGGCGGUGGGGUCGGUGUGUCACUCUCGUGUGGCGGUGCGUUCGGCCCUGGCCUCUCUCCACCUGGAGAACAACCUUAUAGAAGAAGACAUCCCCUCCACUACCUUCAACUGUAUUCAAGACCCUAGUAGUGUGGUCACACAGCCCCAGGAACACAUACACGAAGUGUAGACCAGCUUCUCCAUGUAUAGAUGUUCCACUGAACCAUCAUUAAACCUCCCUAUUUCCCCACCUCCCUUUCUUCACUAAUCACCUAUGUCAUCUCGUCAUGUAUGUAAACUCGUGUUUGUGAUGUCACAGUCGAUGAUGAUGAUGAUAAAGAUACUAAUUCGUACCAGUA